AUGGAUGAGCCCAAACUACUAAUCGAGGCUUUGAGUGCCGUUAAAACUCACCAAAUACAAAUGAAGAAAUGCCUCGACAGCGAUGAGCUCAUUGAUGCUUUCAAAUCUGCCUCUGCCAUGUUAUCCGAGCUGCGAACGUCUUCUCUAGGCCCCAAAGCUUAUUACGAGCUGUACAUGUCAAUAUUCGACAGUCUCCGCUUUCUGUCUACCUACUUAUACGACGCACACAUGUCGUCGAAGCACCACCUCGCUGAUCUAUACGAGUUGGUGCAAUACGCUUCAAACAUCAUCCCCAGACUCUACCUGAUGAUAACUGUGGCUUCAGUGUACAUGUCUGUUCCAGACGCGCCCGUCCGAGAGAUAAUCAAAGAUAUCAUGGAAAUGUCUCGCGGGGUACAGCAUCCGAUCCGCGGCCUGUUCCUUAGACACUACCUGUCGGGCCAGACGAGGGAUUAUCUACCAGUGACUCUGAACUCCACCGAUAAGAGCCAGGGGACACUCAACGACAGCAUCGCUUUUAUUCUUUCCAACUUUAUCGAGAUGAACAAACUCUGGGUUAGACUGCAACACCAGGGCCACUCGAGGGACAGGGAAAGGAGGGAAUUGGAGAGGAAGGAGCUGCGUAUUCUUGUCGGCACCAACCUCGUGCGUCUCUCGCAGCUCGAGGAACUUGACUUGCACACAUAUCAGUCUGUCAUACUCCCCAACAUACUCGAGCAGGUCGUAAACUGUCGUGACGUUAUUGCGCAGGAGUAUCUCAUGGAGGUCGUUAUACAAGUGUUCCCGGAUGAAUUUCAACUCAACACUCUCACGCCUUUUCUCACAGCCGCGUCGCAGCUCAAUACUCGCGUCAACAUCAAGCAGAUUGUCAUAUCCCUCAUUGACCGCCUCUCACAGUAUGCGAGGCGAGAGGCUGAGCAGCAGUCGCCCGAAGAUCUCAAGCAACAGGAUGUCGAGAUUGAGAAGCGGUUGCAGGAAAAAGUGAGGGCGAAGCGUGAAGGUGAAAAGAAUGGCAGUGCCACCUCAGAAAAGACCUCAGGUAAAGGUAAAGGACGAGAAGAAGAAGUGGAGAAAUACCGCGGAAUCCCACACUCUGUUAAGCUAUUCGAGAUGUUCUGGGAGCAGAUAGUGAGGCUGAUAGACACACGUCCAGAUCUAUCUAUGCAGGAUAUAACUGCGUUAUUGGGCUCGUUGCUUGUUCUCUCGCUCAACUGCUACCCGGACAGAUUGGAAUAUGUCGACCAAGUGCUCUCGUUCACGCAGGCGAAGCUAGAUGAGGUGCCACAGCACUCACCUGCGACGGUUACGAAUGUGCUUGCGCUGCUGCGCGCGCCGAUUGGGAGUUACAAGAGUAUGUUGACGUUGCUCGCUUUGACGUCUUACGCGCCGCUAUUGCGCAUGCAGCCAUACCACUCACGCAAGAGUGUCGCGCAGGACAUUUGCCGCGCGCUACUCGACAGCCACACAAUCGUGUCCGACGAGCAGGAUGUGGGUGACCUGCUCGACCUAUGCGCGGUGCUUAUCAGCGAUGCGCCCCACGACGCAACAGAUACAGAUUCAGAAUCGGAUAUGGAGCUGGCCAGCGAGCAAGGCUCACUCGCGCGCCUCAUCCACCUCUUCCACUCAGAUGACCCUCCUACACAAUUCGCGCUGCUCAGAAAGACGGGCGAGAAACUGGGCAGGGGCGGGCGACGCAUCGUGUUCACUUUCCCCACCCUCGUCACUCGCGCUAUACAGCUAAGCAGGUCGUAUGCGCACGAUGCACUGUUUGCUUUCAUCCACCAGUCUAUUUUCCACCUACACGUCUUGGCAGAUACACCCGAGGACUGCGCACGCCUUUUCAUCCGCGCGGCCGCGGCGGCGUCGACAGCCGAGAAGGAGAAGGAGAAGGAGAUGGGUGCGGUGGCGUACGAGCUGUUCAGCGAGGCACUGCUGCUGGUCGAGGAGCAGGUCGUCAGCUCCAAAUACCAGAUGCGAUUGGUGGCAGAAGCGACGCGGGCGCUGCAAAGGCUGGAGGUGAACGCACACGACUACGCGACGCUCGCAGAUAAAUUGAUCAACCUCGCAGCGAAGAUGGUGAAGAAGUCGCACCAGGCCGAGUCGCUCAUGGUGGCUUCCGGUGUAUAUACCCAUGAGGAAGAUAAGUUGGGACGCGUGUUGGGUAGAGCAGCCGACAUUGCAUCCCACCUCAUCGAUCCACUCACUAGCGCACAAGUUUAUGUGGAUAUCCUUGACACAUACCUCAUGUAUCUCGAGGAUGGGGCGGGCGUGGAGAGCGUUGCAAAUCUUAGUAAUGCGGCUAAUGGUGUGGUAGAGUGCAUUUCUACCAAGAUAGACCAAGUAGACGCGGUUGAUAACCACCCUAUCAGCGUCGAAUUGAAAGCACCAUCCACCGUUGACGUUAACCUCACCGUGCACAACGUAGUCAGUCACUUCAAACGCACAUUGGAACAUAUACACAGGAAAAAGUCGCAAGUCCCUGCGUUCCACAAUGUCAACAUCGCUGGACCUUGUUUGAGAUACGGCAUCCACUCGGGAUGUGGCUUCCUAAACCCGGGCUUCCAAAUGAGCACACCAAACAGCGUAGAGAGACACCUGAGGAGGCUGUCGGACAAAGACAAGAUGGUGAUGCGGCGCAGUCUGCCGAUAUACCUCGUUAUAGUAGGCGUGAAUUGCUAUCUGCAGUAUUUCCAAGCACACGUACUGCUUGAGCACAGAGCGCUGCAUUGGGUGCUAGAGCUAUCUGGAUGUUAUCUCACACUGGUGUUAUUCAAGGGCGUUCUCAAGAUGCUUGGCGUUGUUCGCGGCGAUGUUGGGCUCACCAACGCUGUUCAUUGGCGAUUCACGGCGGAUUACGGGAUAAAAGCGCAGGGCGAGAAGACGCAAGCGGUAGGAGAAUCCAAGCGGGAGUAA